AUGGACAGCGUCGACUCUAUUGAUGACGACGGCAGCAGCCAAUACCAGCCCAGCAGCGACCUCCGGGAGCUCGCCCUGGCGCAGCUGCGCGCCCUGCAUGAGACCCUGGGCCGCUUCGCGCGGCUCGCGGCGCCGCCGGGCGCGCCGCCCGCGCCCCAGCCGCGCCUCACGGUGUACGCGCGCACCGCCGCCAGCCUGGACCGCGGCGGCGACCUCCAGCUCGUGCGGGCGGCGUCCUGGCCCGACGCGGCGGUCGGCAAGCAGCGUCCCGAGUGGGGGGCAGAGGAAGCCCAGCAGGCGCCGCAGCAGCAGCAGGGGGAUGAGCUGGUGAUCCUGAGGGCAGGCGCGUGGUGGGACGCCGGCGCCGCCGCAGGUGCCGGCGCCGGCGCGGCGGCUGGGGGCGUGGAGGGCGGUGUCUGCGACGUUGAGGCGUCCCUGGUGCGCGAGGAGGUGGUGGUUCUGCCCAACAGCGCGUCGCUGGUUAUACCCUUGGUGGAGGGCGACUUUCUGGUGGGCCUGCUCGUGGCAGAGGCGAUUGGCAGCAGCUGCAGCAGCAGCAGCAGCAGCAGCAGCAGCAGCAGCAGCAGCAGCAGCAGCAGCAGCAGCAGCAGCAGCAGCAGCAGCAGCAGCAGCAGCAGCAAUGGCAGUGCCAGCGGCGGCGGCUCGCAGGGCGCGGCCUCAACCGCGCCCGCGCCGCCGGCCGGCGACGACGUGCUGUGGUGCCUCCGCUCCGCGGCCGGCCCGCUCGCCAAGGCGUGCGCGAUGGACCUGCGCAGCUCGAUCUCGGGUGCGCAGGCCGCCGCGCGGCAGCGGCUCGCGCGCUCGCUGCUGCGUGAGGUGCGGGGGCCCCUGCGCGCGCUCACGACUUUCAGCGCCAUGCUGGCCCCGCGGCUGGGGGAGGGCGAGCUCGAGGGCGACAUGGCGGCCGGCAUGCUGACUCAGCACAGGCGCAUGCAGGAGGUUGUCGCGCAGCUCGAAGCGGCGCUGCACGCCGGCCCCCGCGGGGGCUUAGGCGGCGGCGGCAGCGGCGGCGGCGCGCAGCUGCUGCUGCGGGUGCCGCAGGCGCCUGCGGCGGCACUUGACGGGGGCGGGGGCUGGGGGCAGGAGCAGGGGCCCGGGCAGGCGCUGCUGGCGGCGCCGCAGGACGCGCCCGCGCUUCUGGCUUCAGCCUGGAGCGUUGACUCAGAUGCCCCUGACGGCGGCAGCAGCGGCAGCAGCGCCGGCGCUCGCUAG